ACAUGGGGCAGCCAUGCUGAACCAAAGGGUUUGUGCAUGUUGCUUGCAAAGCCCUGUCAUCAGAUGGAGAAGGAAGUGGGACUGGAUUGAAAAAACAACCUGACAAACUGGUGCUGGCUGCUCCCCCCUUCCCCUCCAUGCCCCCAGGAUGGCGGUGCCGUGAGGCAGAUUGAUGCCAACCUGCCUGUGGCACAGCGGGGCCACACAGAGUGGGGCAGCGCAGGCUGAGAUGGAGCCGGAGCCACCGUCCCACACCCUGAGCUCUGACAUGACACCAAAAGUGCAGGUAUCCCCAAGUCCCACAGUUUGCCCAGCCCAUAGAAGGGGCCUCCCUGCUUCCUCAGUGGCUGUUUUUCUUCCCACCCCAUGCAGCCAGCCACAAGGGCAGGACGUGCCGCCUAUCUGAUGGGAGCAGUCUCUCUUGGCACUGUGGCUGCUGGUGGAGGGGCUGCAGCACGGUGGUUUUGGGCACGGGGAAGUGCUGGUGAUGGGGUGAGGGGAGCCUCCAGCCAGGCUUCCUGAGCAGCACAGCCUACACUUCCCAGAUAAAGGUAUCACCCUGCAGAGCCGGGGCAGCAGCCGGGGUGCUGGGAAGUACCAAGCACAACAGGCGGGAUGGCAGCCUGCCUGCACCAGGGCUGGCUGCCUGCUCUGCUCACUGCUGUCCUGCUGAGCCAGCACAGCCCUGCCGUGGACCCUGAGCCAGUGACAUCCCAAGAUGCCGUGUUGCUGGCAGAGGUGCCCGAGGACAUCCUCUGCUUCUCCCGCUCCUUUGAGGAUCUCACGUGUUUCUGGGAUGAGGAGGAGGCAAGUGGGAUACACUGCUUCUACUACUGGUACAGCAGGGAUGCACCCACCAUGUGUGCAGUCUCCACACAGCGCCGUGGGGCCAAUGGGAUGCGGCACAUCUGCGUGUUCCCCAGCCAGGAUGUGCGGCUCUUCACCCAGCUCCACGUUCUUGUCCUGGACGCUGCCACCAACCACACCAGGCACAGGCGGGAGCUCAGCGUGGAUGCAGUGGGUCUCAUCGCCCCACCAGUGAACAUCAGUGCCCACUGGGCAGGAGCCACAGGGCAGCUCCGUGUGUCGUGGCAGCCGCCACUUGCUGACUACCCCAACUUCUUUCUCUAUGAGGUGUGCUACCAUCCCAUGACCCCCACAGUGACACCCCGUGGCACGGCACCCGGGGACCUCCCUGCCCAUCCCACCAACGGAGCCCACCCACCUACAGCCAGGGGAGCUGCAUCCUCCCAGGGAACAGGGCAAGGGCUGGUACAGGCCAACACGUGGGUGAUUCUCCGGGAGCUGCAGCCGGGGGUGAAGUACCACAUCCAGGUGCGCAGCAAGCCUGAUGGCACCUCAAUGGAUGGUGUCUGGGGGCCCUGGUCGGAGGUGGUGGUCGCAGAGACGCCCCACUCUUCUGGUGAGAGACUGUCCGUCUCCGCUGCUGGGGGCUGCAGAGUGCCCACACAUGGGAGUUGGGUUCUGCGGGGUCUGGGAAGAAGCAGCCACUCUGCCCUGGCUCUCACCUGCUCAGGGGACAUUGGGCUGCACUGCAGCACUCCCGACCUGAGGUGUGUGCGCUGUGUGUGGAGCUGGGACCCUGCAGAGCACCACAGCACCCAUGAGCUCUUCUACCAGGCAUCUCCGAGUGGGGCUGGCAUGAGGGAUGAAAUGUGGCAGCAGUGUGAAGAGACCAGCGUGGGGACACAGGGCAGACACACCUGCACCUUCCAGCCCACGGCCGGCAGCCCCAUUGCCGUCCUGGUGAACAUCACCCGGCUGCACGACCCACCCGUGCUCAGCUACUUCAAGGAGCCCUUCUGGCUGCACCAGGCCGUGCUCACGGAGGCCCCGCGGGACGUGCAGGCGACGGCGGCACAAGGCCGGCUCACCUUGAGGUGGCUGCCGCCCCUGGAAGCGCUGGCGGAGCAACUGGAGUACCAGAUCCGCUACGCCACGGACGACAGCCUCGACUGGAAGGUGAUGCAGGGGCCGGCACGGGGCAGCCGCAGGCCCCGCACAGCCCCAACUCAGCUCUGCCUGCAGGUGCUGCAGGUCCCGCGGGCGGCCAGGAAAGAAGUGCUGGACCUCCGGCCCGGUGCCCGUUAUCGUGCCCAGGUGCGGACGCAGCCCGGUGGGCCGCAGUACCGGGGCAGCUGGAGCGCGUGGUCCCAGCCCGUCGCGGUCGAUGUCGCGGCUGAAGCGGGUAAGGGCCAUGCGGGUCUGAGGGCGCCUGGGUGGGACGAGGAGAAUCGACCGGCUCUGCGGAAUCGCCCCUCCGUGGCAGGCUGGGUGAUCCCGAGCGUGACGGUGGCACCGCUGAUCUUCACCGGAGUGCUGCUGGGGCUGCGGUGCACCUUCCCGUCCCUGUACAGCAGCGUGAAGCAGAAGCUGUGGCCGCCCGUCCCCGACCUGCACCGCGCGCUGGGCACCUUCCUGCACGACAGCCCCAAGCAGGGCCAGCCCUGCGCCUUCUACAAGCAGCCGCCGGAGGACGCCGUGCUGCCCUGCCUGCUGGAGGUGCUGCCCGGACCCCGCGGCGAGCCAGGGGAUCCUCCGCCAGAACCCGCUGCCAGCCGCCCGGCGCCCAGCACGGACAUCGCCAACCACUCCUACCUGCUGAUGGGCGGCUGGGAGCCGCGCGGAGCGCCCUCGGCCCCUUUUCCCCCUGGGAUGUAAAAUAUAGACCAUAAAAUACAGACCAAUCACGCGGUCUCCCCGCUCUUUCGCGCCGCCUCCGCCGCCCCGCCCCACGCCCGGGCAGACCCCGCACCUCGACCCUCGCCGCCCCCCCCACUGCCGG